AUGGCUAAACUCGUCACCACCCGGGAUGUCUUUCUCUUCAUCCCGAACCUGAUCGGCUACAGCCGUGUUAUCCUCGCCCUCGCCUCGCUGGGCUUCAUGGCCUACCAUCCCAAGGCCUGCACCUGGCUCUACUCCAUCUCCUGCCUCCUCGACGCCUUCGACGGCAUGGCCGCCCGCCGCUUCAACCAAUCCACCCGCUUCGGCGCGAUCCUCGACAUGGUCACCGACCGCUGCACCACCUCCUGCCUAAUCUGCUUCCUCUCCGCGCGCUACCCGUCCUGGUCGAUCUUCUACCAAUGCCUCAUCUCCCUCGACCUCGCCUCGCACUACAUGCACAUGUACGCAAUGCUCUCCUCCGGCGUGCAGUCCCAUAAAAAGGUCUCCAAGGACCGCGGCUGGAUCCUCAGUCUCUACUACACAAACUCAAACGUCCUCUUCAUCGUCUGCGCCGCCAACGAGCUCUUCUUCGUCGCCCUCUACCUCUACUCCUUCCCCCUCAAGACCCCGCCCCACCUCGGCUACUACCGCGGCGUACCGCUCUCCUACGUCACCUUCCUUGGCGCAUUCACCUUCCCGCUCUGGCUCCUCAAGCAGGUCAUCAACGUCAUCCAGCUCGUCAACGCCGCCAGCAUCCUUGCCGAGCGCGACGUCGAGGAGCGAAACAAGGCUAUUCAGGACGCAGAGUCGCCAAAGACAAAAUGA